AUAAGACUCGAUAAGAAAACUUUAUCCACUAGGUCAACCUUUAGUCGUUUGUUAUCUGUUUAAUUUGAGAUGGAAUUUUGGUUCAUACUCUUUGCAUCUCUUUGUCUUUGUAUUUCUCUGCAUUCCCUCCUAAGUCUCUUACACACUAAAAAACUUCCACCAGGCCCUCCUACCAUACCCUUCUUAGGUAACAUACUAUGGCUUCUCAAAUCCUCCCACGAUUUCUCCAACUUGGAACCCAUCCUCCGCCGGCUACGCACCAAACAUGGCCCCAUUCUCACUCUCCAUAUCGGUUCACGGCCUUCCAUCUUCAUAACUACUCGUGAACUCGCCCACCGAGCCCUAGUCCAAAAUGCCACUAUCUUCGCCAACCGCCCACAAGCUAUUGAAACCACCAAAGUUAUCUUUAGCAACCACCGCACUGUUAGUUCUGCGGCCUACGGAUCAUUGUGGAAGGUUCUUCGCCAAAACCUUGCAUCUGUCUUACAUCCUUCUCGGUUAAAUGUAUACUCUGGUGGUCGUAAAUGGGCAUACGACGUAUUACAAAAAGAACUACUAGACAUAGUUGAACAACCAGAAUCAAGAAACAAGGCUAUCCUUGUUCAAGAUCAUUUUCAACAUGUUGUAUUUUGUUUACUUGCCUAUAUGUGUUUUGGAGAGAAACUAGAAGAGAAGGUGAUAAGAGACAUAGAGGCGGUGCAACGACCGGUCCUUGCCAAUUUCAUAAGAUUCAAUGUGCUCAACUUCAUGCCAAGGUUGGGAAAGAUUGUGUUUCGAAAGCUUUGGAAAGAACUCUUAGAGAUUCGAAAGAAGCAAGAAGACGUCCUCAUUCCACUCAUAAGACAACGUCGAAAGAAAAUAAACAAUACAAAAGAGGGAGAUGAAGGUGAAUCCAUUGUCUCUUACGUCGAUACCCUUUUUGAUCUCCGACUUCCCCAAGAGAACAAUGCUGAAACACAGCUCUCUGAAGGUGAGAUGCUGAGUUUGUGUUCAGAGUUUAUCAAUGGCGGUACUGAUACAUCCACCACCACAUUACAAUGGGUUAUGGCUAACUUAGUGAAGCACCAAGAAAUUCAAGAAAAAUUAUAUAGAGAAAUCAAUGCAGUGGUGAAAAGAGGAGAGGAGAUCAAAGAACAAGACUUGGAAAAAAUGCCAUAUUUAGAGGCCAUAGUGUUGGAGACUUUAAGAAGACAUCCACCCGGGCACUUCAUAUUGCCACGUGCCGUGACGGAGGACACUGUGAUGGAAGGCUACGAUAUACCGAUGAAUGCCAUGGUGAAUUUCACAGUGGCAGAGAUGGGUUGGGACCCAAAUGUGUGGGAAGAUCCAAUGGAGUUUAGACCAGAGAGGUUUAUGAGUGAGGAGGGAGGAGAAGAGAAGGUGGUGUUUGACAUAAAAGGAGCUAAAGAGAUUAAGAUGAUGCCUUUUGGUGCAGGAAGGAGGGUUUGCCCUGCAAUUUCAUUGGCAUUGCUUCAUCAAAAGUAUUUUGUGGCUAAUUUGGUGAGGGAUUUCAAGUGGACAAGUGAGGGUGAUGAAGACGUUGACUUGAGUGAGAAACAAGACUUCACCAUGGUCAUGAAAAAUCCACUCCAAGCCCACAUCACCCCAAGGAUGAAUUAA